CUGAAGACUCGGUCGGUUUCAGACUCCGAAGACGAACAACCUCAUGGCCGCAACUUCAAAGCAGUGCUGGCGGAUACGGUAGCGCUUCAUUCAGAACCCUCAGAAAAAGCGAAAAAGCGGCAUGUGUUGAGAAAGAAGAAGAAACUUACUAAAAGCCAAUUAAGUGAGAAGAGGAAAUUGACGCAACAGAGGAAACUUCUUGGGCUCGUACGGCCUGACGUGACAACAAAUCGAGAAAAGGAGCGGUUAUUGAAGAAAAUCGCCACAAAAGGUGUUGUACAGCUUUUUAACGCUGUAGCCGAGAGACAACGGAUAUUGGCCGAAGAGUUGUCGAAGAAAAUGUCUGCGAAACAGCGAAGAGAAACUGAAAAACGUUUGGACGGACCUACAGCUUUCCACGUUUACCCUGAGAACAGGAAAGAGGAUCUUAAAAAGCGGCAUGUGUUGAGAAAGAAGAAGAAACUUACUAAAAGCCAAUUAAGUGAGAAGAGGAAAUUGACGCAACAGAGGAAACUUCUUGGGCUCGUACGGCCUGACGUGACAACAAAUCGAGAAAAGGAGCGGUUAUUGAAGAAAAUCGCCACAAAAGGUGUUGUACAGCUUUUUAACGCUGUAGCCGAGAGACAACGGAUAUUGGCCGAAGAGUUGUCGAAGAAAAUGUCUGCGAAACAGCGAAGAGAAACUGAAAAACGUUUGGACGGACCUACAGCUUUCCACGUUUACCCUGAGAACAGGAAAGAGGAUCUUAAAAAGGAGACUAAGGAAGAAGAAGAUGACGACGAUCUCGUGAAGACGGAAAAUGAAGAGGAAUGA